UAGUACAUCGUAACUUCCUUUUAAAAUCGUGCCACUCGCAUUCCACCACGGAUAACACAUGGGCAAUAAAUAAUCAAGAGGUCUAACGAUGCGAAUUGAAAAAUGUUACUUUUGCUCGGGACCUGUGUAUCCCGGGCACGGUACGAUGUUUGUGCGGAACGAUUGCAAGACGUUCAGGUUUUGUAAAUCAAAAUGCCUCAAAAACUUCAAGAAGAAACGUAACCCAAGAAAAACCAGAUGGACCAAGGCUUUCAGGAAAGCGUCUGGCAAGGAAUUGACAGUGGAUAACUGCCUGGAGUUCGAGAAGCGCAGAAAUGUGGCUGUCAAAUACCAGAGGGAAUUGUGGAGCAAGACAGUGGAGGCAAUGAGGAAGGUGGAAGGAAUAAAACGGAAACGACAGGCACAGUUCAUCUUCAACAGACUGAAGAAGGGCAAGCAGUUGGAAAAGGAGGAAGCCAUCAGCGAAGUGAAGAAGAACAUUCACCUCAUCAAAGCCCCACAUGCAGGCAAAGCCAAGGUUCUGGAGGAGAAGAUGGUGCAGAAGUUACAAGAAGAUGUGGAAAUGGGUGAUGAUUAGCAAGUCCUUAUUGGGCCUCUGCUGAAAUAGAGACCUACAAAACAACCACUGGCUCUAUUCAUAACAUCCAUAGACUAUCUUUUACCAAACUCUGGACAACACAGUCUGGGAAGAAACAAGGAGACAUAGCACUGCAACCCAAUGUAGUUGAGGAGUGCUAACACAAUAUUAAACACUUUGAAAAUAAUUUUGGGAAAGUGUUGUCAUAUGUUGGAUUUAAUAAAAUCUUGUGUCCUGACAAA